ACGUUUUCGCGAACGCGAUAAGAGCGAAAAUACGCGAGAAUACGCGCGUUAGCUUGCAUGACAGAUAUUCCAGCGGGCGAUCAGAGCUAAACGCGAUCGGAACACGAACGACGCGACGCGCGUGCGAGACAAACGCCGCCGAUUUUCGCGACGCAGGCGACUCACGGCAGGCACGCGCGAUUAAUCGGCAGGUGAUUCCUUGUCGCUGAUUAAGCGCCAUGUCCCGCGAUGGACCAAUCAGCUGCUUGGUAAACCGUCGUGAGACCUCGAAUCUGUCCACAGACGAAUGACAACAAAAGAGACUGAUAGAAGUCGCGCGCGCGAGAGAGAGCUCGAGUUUUUUCCACGCGCGAGUCCCUGGCGCGAGAGGAGGUGUAUUCUGUCCUGUGGCGGCUUUUUUCCGUUCCCCGUAGCGCGCCGCGAGUAACGUCGCUUAGCCGGUGCUGGUGAAAGUGGUCGAGAGGAAUAUGAAGAGGAGAAAUGUCGAGUGCGGUAAGCUUCGGAGGCCCUUGAAACGCAACAAGCUCACCGAGGGAAUCUACGGAAGUACUUUGCUUUAUCUGAAGUUUCUUCUACUAUGGGCCAUGGUGAUCUUGGCAGACUUCAUUUUAGAAUUCCGUUUUGAAUUUUUGUGGCCAUUUUGGCUGCUCCUCCGAAGCGUUUACGAUUCCUUUAAAUAUCAAGGCUUGGCCUUCUCUGUGUUUUUUAUUUGUAUUGCACUUACAUCAGACAUGAUUUGCUUUUUCUUCAUCCCUGUGCACUGGUUGUUCUUUGCUGCCAGCACUUAUGUUUGGGUGCAAUAUGUUUGGCACACAGAUAAAGGAGUGUGUCUACCAACUGUGAUGCUGUGGCUACUAUUUCUAUACAUAGAAGCAGCAGUGCGGUUGCGUGACUUACGUCAUAUGCCAUUUCAUCUAGACCUCUGCCGGCCAUUUGCAGCACAUUGCAUUGGCUAUCCUGUAGUUACAUUGGGCUUUGGUUUUAAGAGCUAUGUAGGCUUCAGAAUGAGGCAGAGAAAACGGAAAGAUGUGGCAAAGGAGAAUGAAUUCUACCUGCAGUUACUGCAACAAGCACUGCCUCUAGAGCAACAAGCUAUGUCAAUGCAGCAAAUACAACAAGUACAGGCACACAUUGUUACAUCGAUAGAACAACAUGUCAAAACUCAAACACACAAGUUGAGUCCACAGUACAAUCCAAGCCCUGAGAAAAGCAGAGGUAGGGGCAGUAACAAUUCCGUAGAAACAAACGUACAAAAUGGCGGAGUACACAAUAGUAGUCAAAUCACAUCACAAACACAUAGUGUUGGCAACAAAACUACUCAUAGAAAAUCUUUAGACAAAGGUGAAAAGCAGGAAGAACAGCAUAAUAAACAUAAUGUAUCAAGUAUAUCGCCAUCUGAUAAGAGUGACAAGAAAUUUAUACACAGUAAUUGUAGUACUGUGACACACAGUGACAUACAGCUUAUUGAAAGGGUUGGCUCUGUAAAUGACUUUGACGUAAAUGAAGUAGAAAAAGAUAAGUCUAUUAAGGGUUGUGGACAUACUACGAUAAAGUCACAAUCGAAUGGUUCAGUGACUGGAAAAUGGAACAAUGUGAAAGAGAAUCGCGACUCAUCGUCGACUACUAGUGUACAACGUGAGCGUAAGACUCGGCAAGUUAAGAAUGCGGGUGACACUACAACAGAACAGAAACAGCAAGACGAUUAUUGUCAAAGGUUACUGGUGUGUCGCAGGCUCGAGGCAGACAUAAAACGUUUGAAAUCAGAUUUGCAGUCAAGCCGGCAGCUGGAACAAGAGUUACGAUCGCAAAUCAAUACCUUGCUGAAUGGAGAGAGGCAGGCUAAGGGAGACAUUCAACAACUCCAACAUGAUAACGAUCAGUUACAAAGCAAAUUACACGGUCUGGUAACAGCACGUCAACUGGACAAACAGACAAUGUCUUCGUUAGAGAAGCGAAUUGCGGAGGAAAGAAAGCAACGUACAGCAUGCGAAGCGUCUCUAGUUUCUGAACGGAGGGCACGGCGAGCUGCUGAAGAGGCACGCUCUGCGAUUCCACCCCCACCACCUCCGCUCAUCAGACAAGAAUGCACCGAUGCGUGUAAGAGUCGUAGAUCUCAAAUGGAACAGGACCUCAAAAACCUGCGUCGUGAACUCAAAUCAAAGGAAGAAAGGUGUAACGCAUUGGAAAAAGAUGCAGCACGUUGUAAGGAGAAUCACAGAGAAUCCGAAAUCUUACUUAGUGCGCUUAACGCGCUACAGGACAAAAACGCACACUUGGAGAACAGCUUGAGCGCGGAGACACGUAUAAAACUCGAUCUGUUUUCGGCACUUGGCGAGGUCAAACGGCAAUUAGAGAUUCGAGAAAGCUUAAUCAGAUCUCAAGAGAAAGAAAUUGAGAUGUUGAAAACAAAAAUAGCGCAAGAUUUAGCUGUGAUGCCACAAGACACAUUUGGUCCAGCGCCAACCUGUGCGACGUCCAAGCUUCGUUUAAAUAGUGAAGUGAGAGUAGCAGGAACAAAAAUACGUUCGAACGAAAGUCCCUGUCCAGGGUGUACUGUGUCAAAUUUGGAUCCGAAUGCGACAGCGUACACGCCUAAAGGUUCCCUUGUAGCAUCGACCGAAGCUUAAAAGAACUGCAAUCUCCCAUCGCAUCAGAGCGCGCCCGAUAGUAGGAUAUAUCAACUACAAAAAGAUGUUUCAAGUUUCUCCGUGGAAACAAUUACCCGUUCAGUUGCUUCAAGCGUACGUAAAAGUGCGGAUUUACUAAUCAGUUUGCCGAAUUUCUCCCAUAAAUCUCCAUAUACGUCUCUUCUCUUUGAGACAAUAUUUUUAUUAUAUAUAUGGAGCUCCUCUCUCUGAAUAUGCAGAAAUAACUCACCUGAAGUCUUCCAUGAGAAACUUUGCGAAACAUGUUUUGUAUCAUGUCUUGUCUCUCAGAAAAGAAGAAAGCCGUUGACAUUAUGAUCACACGUGACACACGACAGAUUUACUGGAUUUUGGAAUGUGGAAAAAUCCAACGACAACUUGUAACAUUUAUGCUGUAGGUUGAUUUUACGGAUAUGACAUGAAAUGACGCGCGAUUUUCUAAAGAAUCCGUACACGUCAGGUAUAAUGACGCAAGGUUGAAAUUGACGCUCCGAUGGUAAAUUUAAAAAUGUAAAUGGGGUAUUUUUUAUAUCUUGCAGAGACAUUGCUUUCCCUAUUUCUUCAAGAGUCUAUCUUACAUUUGUCAUAUGCUUACAACGCAUCAAACGGUGUGCGCUCUCUACAAGUAGCACGAGACUUGCACAUUGAAUUAUACGUGUAUAAUUAAAUCCAAGACGAUCCUUCCGUGAGACGAGGGAAACGAUAAGAAGCCUUUUAUUAGCUGAAACACGAUAAGAGGGAAAACUAUAUCCGUAUUACGAUCUUCCUGCAGCAUAUGCCUAAACACGCGAUGACUUGUCGAAGAUGCAUUCUUAUUCAAGUCGUAACUCUGAAGCUAGUCCAUCAUACAAACUCUAUUUAAUAUCAUUGGCGUAUCGAGCCAUUUUGCGUCAUGCAAUUGUCAUGCGGGAAUAGCCAUUGACAUGCAGAGGAAGGUACACGAGCAUUAUCAUUAUCGAACAAAAAAGGAUCGAGAUAAAUGUCAAGACGCCAAAUUUAUUUUACGUGAUCAUAUGUCCGUAUGAUGAUGAUACUCUUAGUCGCGUACUUCUAUAUUUUUAAAUUCCUGUACUUUAGUUUAGUGUGAUCCUUUUUUACGUAUUGGCUUUCAAACGGUACAAAAUAGUUAUUACACUUUUCAUAAAAGUAAACAAAACGAUACGCGGAUUUUAAUGUGAUAAAUUGUCGUAGAGAUUCGAAAUUAGAGAUGAGCGUAAUAAUUUCGUUAUUAUAAAAAAGAAAUCCAAAAUACGCAGGCGUAUAGCGAUUGUUAGAAUGAGAUUAUGUAAUGCCAUAUUUUGCGUUGAAAAUGAGUUUAAAAUGAUAAUUUUAUCACACGAGUACAAAUAUUGGAGCGUGAAGUUAUUUUCAUAUGGUCGCUUUAUUUAAAUAAGUUUCGUUCAAUUCGCUGCUCUUCAGCAAAAUUGAGUUGAUGAAAACUACUUUAUGAUUAGAUGUAAAUGUGUGGAUAAAGACUUUUCUUUUUUGAUUUUUUUCCUUUUUUUGUGACGUCCAUUAAUAUUAAUUUUGGAGUUAAGAGCAGGAGAGUUUUGUUUUUUGUAAUUAUUAUUCUUAAUAUAUGUACAAGUAAAUAAGCACGGAUAUAUUAGUGUUACAUGACUUGACAAAUUAUAGUACCAAGUGGUGCAUAAUGUUUGUGAAAGAUCUGUCGAAUUAUAAAAGUAUAAUAAUUUAUUAUGGCGUGUUUGGGCGCAAUUAAUUUUAAACACUCGCGAAAAUUGUAAAUUAUUACGGCUGUUUAUUACGGCUGUUGAUUACGAUAAUACGUUAUCUCAUUUCAACUAAGAUUUAUGUAUUUUUCUCAUCUAAAUAAUCGAUAAGGGUUGUUACUCGAUUAAUACGAUUGGCCCAUGGAGCGUUUGAAGGAAAGAAUUGUUGAGACAAAAUGUGAUGGCAUUACGCGAAUUGAUGAUCGGCGCUAAUAAAUUCUGCGUUUUAUUCUAUCCGCAAGAAAGCCAGUACUUGCUUCUUUACGCGUGUCCACACGCGAACAUAAUUGUUAACUAUUUACGAAGUCAUUCUUCCAUAAUUGUAUAUACAAAGCACUGUCAUGACAGUUUACUUAUGGACACUAGUAGUGGAUCAUGACCAACUAGUCAAGCGAAGAAGGAUGUUCUACAAGCACAAAUAUUUAUUAGGUAUCUAAUAUUCGUUUUUGCCUUCUAUGAAAAAUGAAAAAAAAAGAAGAUACAGAACUCAAACACUUUCACCUUGCUAAGAUUUAGUACCUGGACUCGUUGGAUAAAAAAUUUCUGAUGAGAAAUCCAUGUUUCCUGGAUGAUCCACGUAAAAAAACGACGUUGUAAAGCCUCUUCUGGUUAAUGCACAAUGUAUAUCAUUAAAUUUUGAACCUCUCAGUCUUUGAGCACAGUGCUUAGUUUCUUUCUUACUUUCCAAAAGAUUGCGCGAAAGUGUCCUAGUUUGCGUUUACGCUAAUUAUGUUAGAGUAACCAUACGUCCAUACACAUUUAUCUUUUCAUAUACAUUAUUUCAUAUGCAUAUUGAAAAAUAAAAAACAUGAUAGCUAUUGGUUUAUAUGAGAAAGAGGAGAAAAGGAAAAUAUUUCGCAUUUAUGAUCUGUGCGUGUUUUCGUUUUCAUGUUGUCGCUAUUUGGACUUAUGAGUGCAAAUUAAAGAACUUCGUUUUUCUUUGGCGAGUAAGUUUGUACUAAGUUCCGAUUUUACGUUUACGUUUAUUUGCGUUUGUUUAUGUGCGGAUAAGCAUAAUGACGAUAUGAUAAUGAUGUGUAAAUAUUCGCUGAAGGGAAACUUUGCUACCGUUAUAACUUGCAUUGGUGUGACUGUUGUAGGGCACUUGCGUGUUUGCAUAGUCAAUUUUUGCUACAUGAAGUUACUUUAAUCUUAUAUCUCAAAUGUAUUCGCGUUGAGAUUUCACCAUGUAACGAGGAUUAGAUGCUAAAACGACGACGAUAUGUGUAUUCUUUUUCGAAAAAUUAUGGUCCAGGCAGACUACUCGAUUCGUUAAAACAUUUAUAUGUAAUAUCACGAAUAAUUGUACCUGACAAGGGUGUGCUGUAGCGUUUUUUUGUUUAUCUUUUUUGUUUUGGCUAAUUUACUUAUUAUGGGUUUAAUUCCACCAAGAAGGCUGGCUUAAUGAGCAAUUAAUUAUUUAACGCGAUGAUAUUGUACACACUGAGUUAUUGUGAUAUAUACAUACACAAGAGUACAUGAGACAUACACACAAUACACACACAAUAUGUACAUGUACACGCAUAUGUCACGUGUAAAUAUGCACAUAUAAACACAUACAUAUUCGCGCUUACAUAUUUAUUUGUGUAUACUCGUACAUCGCGUACGUACGUCAAGGAAACAUAUGCAGUUAUUUACGCGUAUACACACACAUAUAUGUAUCAUUAUUUUAGUUAUACUAUACAAUGAUGUUCUUACCAUAAUAAAUUAAUAAUGAUGAUAAUCGACCGCCGUAGAGGUAAGUUUCCUUUUUCCAGACGCAUUAUUCGACUUUUGAUGAUAAGAGGGGAAAGACACGUAUAACAAGCAUAAGUACUUAAUUUUUUGUUUUUCAUUUUUAUUGCACUCUUUUUGAAUGCGGGAGAGAGAGAGAGAGAGAGAGAGAGAGAGAGAGAAAGAAAGAGCGAGAGAAAAAGGCGUGUACAAAUUCAGAGUAGUUUGUAAUAUCUGCUUCCUGAAUAUAUAUAUGUAUAUGCAUAUAUACGUACAUACAUACAUACAUUACAUACAUGCAUACAUAUAUAAUUUAUAAGUUCUCUGAUAUUAUAGAACUAAUUUAUUAAGUUGGCAGGAAGACGAUAAAAAAAAUUUUAUCGUGUAACUUUAUACUUAAAGUUCAGUGUUGAGUCUGGUCGAUGUUUCAGUUGACGAAAGAUCAUCGUAGAUGCCUUUUUUCUUACAAAAUGUUAGUCGUUAAAACUAAUGUUCUUAUGUGCUUCCACAACGCUCUUACAACUGUGUACUUAUUUUUUUUUAUUUAGCGUUUAAGUUAUCGCCGAAGACAAAUGUAUGUUGUUGGGUGCAACAAUAACACGGCUACUGAUCUCAUCUCAUAUGUAUUGCGACCGUACACGCAAAUGCCCUUAUACGAUUACGAGAAAGGAAAGAAAUGCGAGACGUUGAGGAAACAUUUUUAACGUAUUAUAACUCGCGGAUAAGACGGAUCAAAUAUGUGCGUCACGUCACACUAUAAACCGUUAAACAACGCCUAAUCUCGAAGAGACACGUACUCCUACGUGCUCCAUAUAUCAUGUGCGCAGCGAGGCGGUGUGUAAAGAGAAAGGAAAAGAAAAACACUGAAUCAAGUACGGUGAAAAUUUAUCUUGCGAUUGACCGUAACGCGUGCAUUGUAACGCAACUUGCAGAACGUGAACUAGCAUAUACGCCACUAUUAUCAUACAUGCGUUUAUACCGGUUAGUUCGUAACUCUCAUACUUGGACCCUGUUCGAACGAGACAGCACCUCCAUGGAGUGGUGCUGAAACGACCUUGUAUUUAUAUAUAAUGGUUUUUCUCUUUUGCAUUUUUUUUGUCUAUCUCUCAAGUCAGUCACAUAGAAUAUAUCUGACUUUUGUUUUCGUACUAAAAAAAGAAAAAAAAACUAUACGAUUUAUAAAUUCUCCUCUCAUCCUCUCGAAGGUAUGCAAAAUUUCCUCAAUUAGCGAGUACAAGUGUAAAAAUUAUUACAAUUCCCCUCCUUGCUGCAUAUUCCAAGAGGAACACCGUUUCGAACAUGUAUGAGUUGGAGAGGACAUGCAUCUUCUGAUCUGUAUGGAAUGUCAAAGCGACAUAGCAUAAAUUUCCAAGUAGCAAUGGUGGUUUUACGCGUUGCUAUGAUAAUUUUAUAGGUCCAGAUGCGAAACGGGCUUACAAGUGACAAAUUCUGUGAGGAAACCGAUUUAUACGGCAGUAUCUUGCGCGCAAUAUCUAAUUUUUGCUAUAGUUGAAUCACUCGAGAAUAUUGCAAUUUCCAAAAUAUUAUAAGGAGUUAGGAAAAAUCAUUGAUAUAUUAACAAUGUAAACUAAUUUUCAUUGUGUACUAUGUACCGCUACAUAUACUCCGUAGUAAUAUUUAUUAAAAUAAACAUCGUAAACCGACA